UUUAGAUUGAGGAAGGAGAUGAGAGAGAUUGUGAGCUUGUAGAUAGGAUGGUGUGGGAAUUAUGUGGGAGCUAGCUUUUGGGAGGACUGUGAUAUGAGCAUGAAAUUUAUCCCCAAGGAUGUUUAUGAGGUAUUGGAAGAGAUUUGAAUUGUGUUUAUAUACUCUAGGGGUUCAGACUUAAGAUUUGAAAGAAUAGAGACUUACUUUAGUGAAAUUGAGGGUGGAAAGUAUGUGCCUAGAACGGUUCUAGUUGAUAUGGAGCCCUCAGCUCUGAAUUCAAUAAAAUUUGGAUCUCUUGGAAUCCUUUUUAAGCCUGAUAACAUAGUAUCUGAAAAUACAAGUACAGGAAAUUCUUUUGCAAAAGGACACUAUAGUGAAGGAGCUGAGAUGGUAGAUUCUAUCCUUGAAGUUAUCAGAGAAGAGGUCGAAGGAUGUGACAGCUUACAAAGUUUUCAACUUUCUCACUCAAUAAGAGGAGGAACUGGAUCUGGGUUAGGAACUCUAGUUGCUUUAAAAUUAUAAGGAAGAGUAUUCUGACUACCCAAUACAAACAUUUACAGUUUUUCC